AUGUCAGACUUCACGCAACUUUUGGAAGCUGCUGCUUGCGCAGACCCACAUGCCGAACAAACCAUCA